GCACUGUCUUCCCCGCCUGUCUCGCUUCAAUUGGGGAUAAACCCUAGAAAACUAAAUCGGUGGGAAAUUGAAAGAAUCUUCAUCACUGGAGUGGAGGAAACUCUAAAAGAAUAUCAGAUGCUUAUAACAUAGAGUAUGAGGUCGAAAACACUGGAAUUUCAAAAAGCUCUCAAGCAGCAGAAGCCGUCAACAACAAAACGACAAGAAGCUCUCGAGAACCAGGGGCUGUCAACAACAAAACCAUGCUUUGCAUCUUUCAACAGCGGCAGAUUGGCAAAUGAAAUUGUGACUGAUGCAGUGGAUGAAAGACUGGAAGCUGUUGCUCCCGAGAAGCAGAAAUUGGCAGCAAAAAAUCAAUGUUUUGCACUUGUCGAUGAGUUUGUGAGUGAUGCAGUGGAUGAAAGUCUUAACGCUGUUGCUCUCGAGAAGCAGAGUUCGUCAGCAACAAAACCAUUUUCAGCAUUCAUCAAUAGCAGAAGGGAAAAACAAAAUGUGACUGAUGCAGUGGGUGAAAGACUCAAUGUUAUUGCUCUCGAGAAGCAAAGGUCGUUAACAAUAAAACCAUGUUCUGCAUUCGUCAGUCGCAGUAGGGAAAAUGAAAUUGUGACUGAUCCAGUGGAUGUAAGGCCCAAUGCUGUUGAUGGUGGGAGCGAUAUUAAAGAUGAAGAUGCAGACACGCUUGAUUCUUGUAGCGAUAUUAGAGAUGGAGAUGCUGAGAUACUUGGAGAUGAAGAUUUGCAAAUUGUGGAAGACCAAUUGUUACCCACCAACUCUGAUGAAGAUGCUAACGUACUUGAUGCAGAUGGAGACAGGUACGAUCAAAUUGUACAAGACCAAUCAUUACCCACUGACUCUGAUGAAGAUGCUGACAUACUUGAUGCCGAUGGAAACGGCGAAAUGCAAAUUGUGGAAGACCAAUCAUUACCAACCAACUUUGAGAAUCUGUCAAGUAAAAGGAAACGUGAAAUGGUCCGAAGACAAGUAACUGAUCCUCAUAGCGAGUCUAACAAUGUAAACUGCACUUCUAUGCCAUCGGGUAAGCGUAUCCCUAUUAUAUUCGACAAAUAUGGGCGGCCUUGUGAUGUUGGGUCAGAAGAAUUUGCAUCAGAUAUUGGAAAAAUAGUACGAGUACAUUGUCCUCCUGCGAUUGAGUCUUGGACAAAAGUUCCAAACAGCAUGAAAGAAAAUAUAUGGAAAGAUGUUAUUGUUAAGUAUGUCGUACCGGAAACAUAUAAACCUAAUAUUUUGUCAAGGGCUAGCAAAUCUUAUAAAAAUUGGAAGCGUCAGCUGCGAGUAGAGUUGGACAAACAUGAGACAGUUUCUGAGAGAAAAAUGAAUAUGCCAUGGCGUCUGAUUAAAAAGAGAGAAGAUUGGGAAAGUUUUGUUGAUUUCUGCAAUACUGAUGAGGAUAAGAAACGUCGUGCAGCUGGUAAGAAAGCUAGAGAAGCUGUUGAAUUUAUACAAUCAUGUGGAAGGAAAGGAAUUUAUCGCAAAAUAUACGAAUUGGAAAAAGAAAGUCCAAUUGGUGAAGUUAACAGAUCUGCGAUAUUCGUUGAAACCCAUUUUUCCAAGACUAUAAAUGAUCCUGAAUCGUCCUCCAUCUCAGAUAUUAAAAUGAAAUUGAUUAAAGAGCUUGUGGAAACUAAUCCAGACGGUCAAAAAGAUAUCGAGAACGAUGCUGUCGCAUUGGUAUGUGGACGUGAUACAAGAGGUGUUGUAAGAGGCAUGGGAGGAGGUAUUUCAAGGACUAAGGUGCUUCGGGCGGCGGCAACUGUUGAGACUCUUCGCAGAGUACAACAAGAAAACAAGAGUUUGCUGUCUGAUAUUCAUUUAGCAAAUCAUACUUCUGCACCAUCAAAUCAAUCUGCAUCACACAUACAAAAUUUUACUUCUACACCAUCAAAUCAAUCUGCGUCAGAGAUGGCUGCGAAGAAUUAUGUUUCUCCUUGUCCAAACAGUCAGAUUAACAACAGUGGAAGCAACAUUGUUAACGAAAAAAAUACUGUCCGAAAAUCACAAUCUAGCCGGAUUGUAUCUGGUUCCGUUUACAAAUACAGGCACGAGUUUCCCGAAAGCUGGUUUAUCCAAGGAAAACAGCGGGUAGAUAGCAAAACAACAGAUUGGUUUUUUUAUCCACCUAUAACAAACUCGCAAGGGUCUGGAGAUGAAAAUUGGUCACAAAAGAAAGCUAGAAAAAUUGAAAUUCGGUCACGAAAAGAAGCUAGGAAAUAUCUUUUGGAAGAAAAAAAGAAAGCAAAGGAAUUAGCACCUGAAGCAUCCAACUUGCAUGGUCGUUCACGUUUGGUACCUGAUGUACCCAACUCGCCUGCUCGUUCACGUUUGGCACCUCCUGUGUCUAACUCGCCUGCUUGUUCACGUUUGCCACCUCCCAUGUCCAACUUGCCUGCUCAUUCACAUUUGGCACCUUCUGCAUCCAACUUGCGUGCCCGUCUUUCGUGUUUGGCACCUCCUGCGUGCAACUUGCCUGCUACUUCAUGUUUAAUUAAAAACUUCAAAGGAAGAACCAUUGCUCUAGGUAGCAUCAACUCUGCUGAUCCACCAGCGGAGCAUGUCUAUAGUCUAAUUAUUGAAGAAAUAUUUGACAGAAAUGCUGAAUUAUUUGAUAAAGAUGGGAGGCUUGGAGAUAUUAUGAUCGGCAGCGUGAUUAAUUGGCCAAAAGCAUGUGUUGAGUCCAAUUUUCCUGCUAGCUCAUGUUUCAUAACAAACUUCAAAAGAAGAAUCAUAGCUUUCGGUAGCUACAACACUGUUGAUCAGCAGAUGGAACAUGUCUACGGUAUAGUUGUCAAAGAAAUAUACGACAAAGAAGCAGAAUUAUUUGAUGAAGAUGGGAAGCUUGGAGAUGUUAUGAUUGGUGGCGUGAUUAAUUGGCCAAAAGCAUGUGUUGAACCAUGUCGACAAUAAACCAUGUCACCGUUGUUUUUCAUUUCCAGUAUGGAAUUAGAAUGUGUAGUCUUUGCAGCUAGUAAUGUGUCUGUAGUUUCAGAAAAGAGCAUAUAAAUUUUUUCUAAAACAUCGACAGCCUGCACAUGUGGAAAAGAAUUCCGUUGACACAUCAAAUAUGUCCGUCGUUUUGGUAAGGGGAUUUGCACAGAAAGAGCAAAUGCACACUAACACAAUCUCGAGAAAUAUCUUUGUUCGUCACUGGAAAUAUUUGCAAUGUAUGACUCUGUUUGUUUUUAGCUUUUAUUAGUACGUGACAGCUAUACGUUGAGCAUUUCUGAUGGUA